AUGGCUAGCAAAGAAAUUUCGAGCAUUCGCACUAUGAAGUCCAAACUUACCCCUAAGAGCCUUUCUGAUAUCAUGAAAAGGUACCAUAUUGACCCUGAAUUUCGCCUUCGUUUGCCUAAGCUUGGGGAUGCCAUUGUUGCCACCCCAGAAGGGUUUGUUGGGGUGUAUCGUGUUUUCUUCAAACCGGGUCUACGAUUACCAACGUUUGAGUUUUUGGAGGUGGUUCUGGACUACUACCACCUGCACAUCGCCCAGAUUACUCCAAAUGGUUUUCGAAAAAUCAUUUAUAUGUUGUGCUCUACCUUAGAUUUCAUGCCCUUUAUCACCGUAUUCCACCAAAUCUAUGUCCCUAUUUCCAAUGGUGAUUAG